AUGGCCCAAGGUAACUUAAAGCUAAAGUCGAGGGGACCUUCGAGAAUUACCAAGAAGCAGCAGAAUCCCAAGAAAGCCGCACCAAAGAUUAUCAAGCCAAAGAAACAAAUUGCUAAGGAUAAAGAGAAAUUGACCAAAGUACACCAAGGACAAUUGAUAAAAAGCACAGAGUCCCUAAUUGCAAGUCGAGUUGGACAUUUGGAAAUAAUUAAAGGUUCAAGAAGACAAAUUGAAAAGGAGGGGAAAAAGUAA